AUGUCGGCGGCGCCGCCCUUGGCCUUCCCACUCGUCAUGGGGCUGGCUGUGCUACUGCUGGUCGGCUACCUGCUGAGGGCCCUCUUCGUGUCCUUCAACCUGCCCGGCCCGGUGGGCGUCCUGCUCAGUGGCUGGCUUUGUGGCAAACUCGGCCUGAUGCAAACAGAAAUCCUCGAAGGACGUGACCAUUUCCAGGAAUGCGCCUUCUUCUUGGUUCUCCUCACUGCUGGCUUCGAGAUCAGUCACAAUACUCCCAAAACUCGUCAUGUAAUCCUGGGCAUUGUCCCCUGCUUCUGUGAGUUCGUGGGCAUCUCCAUCUGGGCGUGCUUCAUGGAGGAGCUGUCGCGCAUCGAAGCGUGUGUGACAGGAGCUGUCCUCUGCGGCUUAGCAGAUGGCAUCGUCAUCCCGAAGAUGAUCGAGAUGGAGGAUCAGAUACCAUCAGGAAAAGCAGAGCUCACCCGACUUGUUCUUACGACGGCUCCACUGGAGGCUUCGUUUGUGCUGACCCUUUUCGGGCUGCUGUCGGGCUUUGCCGAAGUGUCAAAGUCGCCUUCGGCGGACCCGGCUACAAUUAUCGGUGCCAAUGUUAUUCGCUUGAUCGCGACCGUUGUCAUGGGCUUCGCCUUAGGUAAAGUCACGGGUCAGAUGGUGCAGAAACGACAUGCGUCAUUUGGCUUCACAGGCAGGAUUGAGGAGACAUAUCUCUUCAUCUUGGCAGUGGCGCUUGCGGGAUUUGGCCUCGGCCUUCCGAAGGAGACGGGCGGCACGCCACUUGUCCCGAUGGGCUUCGCGCCGGGUUCGCUGUUCCAGCCAGAGCUGCUGGUGAUUGUGCUGGGCUGCUCCUUCAGUCAAGCCAACUUGACCGGGCAUCGCGAGAACAACUUGGAUGCUGUAGUAGGUGGAGUCUGGGUUUUUGGGCAGAUCUUCCUUUUCAGCAUGAUCGGCAGCAAGAUAGACGUCACAGUCUUCGUGCAAGCCACGCGGGUGCUUCCCAUGCUCGUAAUCGGCCUCGCGUGCCGCUUCUGUGGGAUUUCUCUCGCAAUCCUGGUAUGCCACUGGCUGGAGCACUUCGGAAGCAGCGGCAAGACUGGUUUACAGCCGGUCUUUCACACUCACAAGAAGAUGCUCUUGUUUUUGUUCCUGUCGUCCCUGCCGCGGGCGUCGCUGCAGGGAGCUCUAGGUUUCGUCCCGCAAAACGAGCGCUUCUUCCAUUCGGACACCUUGGCGCCAAACAGGUUCAAGGUGCGCAGCCUCAUUGCCGACAGCUCGCGGCUGUACAUUAUCGUGAUGUCUGUGGCUGGCUCAAUGCUCCUGCACUUCUUUGGGGCGAAGCUUUUGCAGGAGGAGUGGGAGGAGGUCGCGUUGGAUCCAGGGUCGGGGAAGGAGGAGCCGCUCCACCGAUCCUUGGAGAUGCACGCUGGCUCGCCUGGUUUACAGCCAGAGAAGUCCGGGAAUCCUCCUGCUGCAGACAUCCCAGUGCAGCGUGUGGAGUCCACCAGGACAGCGAGCAGCUGGGCGCGCCGGUUAUCAACCUCACGGAGCGGCUUCAUGCCGGUGGCGGAGGAUACACAGCUCAUCACAGAGGACCCAGAGCCUGGGAGAAGUACUACAGGUUUGAGGAGACUCGGGACUGGGACGUGCUCACCUCCUCUUUUUGUUGAGGAAGACGAAGAGGGGCUCCGAGCAAUCGAAAGACUGGCAGAGAUGUUCGGCCAGGACCCUCACAUCUUCAGCCAGCGAUUGUACGAAACUUUCGGGCUGCCCGACAGAGUCAAUCCGGAAUUCUCCGCCUGGCAAAAGUCAAUGACCAUGUCUGAGGCUGUGAUGCAGAAGGAGUCCCUCAUGGCCCUGAACCGCUUCUGA